GAAGAAAAAAGGAAGAGAGAGAAAGAAAGACCAGAAUAGCAUCUUUCAUAAUCACAGAUGAGAACAAAAGCCUGAAUAUCAUCAGACCGCUCUGCUGCUUCACUGGUCAAAGGUUCCCUGAACUGAUCAGGACCUGGAUCGAACCUGGUGUGAUGGCAGGUCAGAUGCAGAGCAGGACGCUGAGGCUCCUGAUCCUCCUCAGCCUCCUCAGCCUCACUGAACCAUUCGAGGUGAGAGAUGAAGAGUGGGAGCAGCUCAGCCCUGACAUAGCUGCACUGCACCGCCUCAGACGACUGCCUGAACACAUGCUCCAUCAAAACCCCGAGGACCUGUCAGACCAAAGGGUCACAUCUAUGUAUGGGAUCAAAAUGAAGAGAAUCAGCAGCAGGGCCGACACUGCCCAAAACCCGAUGAGUUUGCUGGAUAAUUUUCAGAAGUGUGAGAAUUUCCCAGCCUGCGUCACUCACAUGGAACAGGACUUCGACGACUUCUUGGCAGUUUUUGAUGAACAGAAGAUACAGGAUCGGCUUCUCGGUGCAUCAGAGAUCUCACACAGCUACAGCCAAAAACUUCUGGUCAUGACUGACAGAGAAAAGUCAACGAAUGAUAGAGUCCAACAGGAAUACAGCACGGAUCCUCAUUACUCAGUAAUAGUCAGUACAGAAUGCCUGUACAAUGAGUCAUGUUUGCCAGAAGCAGACGGCUUCACUGUCGUGAAGAUAUUUGGAAGUGUUUCAGAAGAUGGACGAACGGUGUCUGGUCUCUCUGGCUCAUCACUUGCAGAGAUGAUGCUGAAACCAUCACUGGAAGCUGCACCAGUUUUCUCCCUUGAUGGAAAGACAACCACAGACUUCCAACAUAACUUCACUCGGGUUUUUAAUGACCGCGGAGUCAAAGCAGUCUUAGAAACUAACCAGGAGAACCACCAGAUUUACCAGGUCAUGGAUCAACCUGGCUCAGUUUCCAGGUACCAAAUUCCACAAAGACCAGUUGACCACACCACACAGUACGACCACCAGCAGAUCCUCGUUAUGGAGAAUGACCCUGUGGUCACAAAAGCUGCCGCUUAUCUUUAUGAUAAGCACCCAAAGGUUAGCUCCGUGUACAUUCUUGAUGAAAACCAAAGACCAAAACUGAUCCAUGGAGACUCUGUGCCACUGUCAGAGGGCAGCAGGCUGGUGCUGGUGGGUCAUGGGGCGAGAGACAACUCAGGAGAGAUGAGACUGGCAGGGUACAGCGCCCACGAUGUGGCCAAAAUCAUUAAAAAGACCUUCAGAAUCAGCGAUUCAAUCAAAACAACAAGUGUGGUGGCAUGUGAGGUGGGAUCAGACGAAGCAUUCGUCAAAACCCUGAUGAGAGAGCUUCAUGAUACCUCCAGCAUCAAGACAGAGCUGCACCUGAGGGAUACUGUGAUGCAGGUCAGUCACACAGGACAGAAAAUCACCCAGGAAAUCUCUCCAGAUGGGCUGCACUGGCGACAUAAAGAUGACAGCAAGAAAGUGGUGGCAACCCUUGACAGGAACGGAGAUGUAAUUAUUAGAAAAGAGGCUGGCAGCAAGGGAGAGGCAGUUUUUAACAAUGAAAGGAACGUUCUAACGAACAACCAGCCAAAAGAACGUUUUUUGGUCUACAGAGACAGCUGGCCAACUGAGCCAAGGACAUUUAUUGACCAGAACGUUUUUCAAAAUUUUCCUGAAGAUAAACGAAAGAAAAUGAAAUCCGCGUGUGACAGUCUUGAGGCCAUGACCUGGGGAUUCUUUGAGCCAGAAGAUCUUCCCACAAAAGUCCAAAUCAACAACCUCCAGCAGUUACAGGAACAAUACGUCAUACGAGACAUGAACAUGGUCACUGAAAGCUGGAUAGUGGAUGAGGAGAAAAUAAGGGGUGUUCUCUCCAAGUGUUAUGAGAUUAAAUCAGGAAAAGAUGUUAGAAACAUCAUCCGUCACUAUGCAAAGAGCGGAGAAAAUGAGCUCACAUACCUGAUGGUCAAUGACUGGAUAUUUUCUGUUAAUCCUGAAAAUCUGUAUGUGUAUCCAGUUGGAAAAAAGCUUGACAACAACGAAAACAUAAAUGAAAUUAAAAACUCAAUUACUGAACAGAAAGGCAAAGAAAAAUACCCAGACAUGGUAGAAAACAUUUUCCGUGGAGAAAGUGACCCAAAACAGAAAUUUGCACAAAAAGUGAACUAUGCUAAAUAUGUGAAAGAUGUUUUUGUUAGCGGGCACAGCAGAGGCCUAACUCUGUCCACUGAGGCCUGGUUCACCACAUAUUUCACUGCAUCAGUUAUAUCUGAAUCUGCAAGAAAUUUCCGGACAUUUCCUCUGGUCCUCAUGGCUCUGGAUUUGGUCCAAUCAACAGACAACAACAUCAAAGAGAAAGGCCUGAAUUUUUUUUUUGAAGAUCACCCAAUGGCAAGAGGAUUUAGUUGGAUUGACCCAAGCAGGCGUGGAUUUAGUGGCUCAGCAACACCAGAAGGUUCCAGCAAACUGGAAAAUUUCAAACCCAGGCAGAGGGGUCAGUUAAUGAAAGACCUUACAAAAGUUCUAAAAUUCGAAUCCAACAUGUUCAGAGAGUGGACACAAAAAAGGAGGAUUAGUGGGGAAAAUGUACCGAAAAAGAUGUUUGACAUAGCAAAAGAAUUCAAGAUAUUGGAAGAUGCAUCAAAUGUUGAUGGAUUCUUAGAUGGUUACAGUGAUUUCAAGAAAAAAACUGGUCAACAUAUCUCAACACCAUUUGGAGAUGACAAAGAACCUCCAACAUCUGGAUCACUGGGAGGCUAUGACGAUGGCUAUGUAACGUCACAAGACCUGAACUCUGCCUCAGAAUUAGAAAAGUCAUUCAGACUCGAAUCCUAUUUCUCCAGGGCGUCUGCAUCAUUCUCUGAACAAAUCCACGCUCAGCUGAAGGCGAAGUAUGGUGAAAGCCUGGCAGGGCUACAUCUGCAGGAGGGCAGUGCCAGAAUAGAAGAUGGACAGUUCACCUGUCAGCUUGUGCCUGACGGUGGCGACGCUAAGCCUGUUGAGUUUAGGGUUGCGUUAUCUCCAGAGAGUCAACACUAUAGUGAAAAGAUGAUGAAGAGCAUUGACACAGCAGCUGUGGAGAUGGAGACGCACAGUUCAACAUCCUCCCAUGAAGUUAGCAAGUUUGCAGAGCACACUGGGACAGCUGUUGGGACACUAGGCUUCAUCCAGGGGAUGAGAGGAGCUGUUCAUGCUUUUCAACAGGGAGACAUCAAAGAUGGUGUGAUGGGAGCUUUGCAAACAGCUCAUGGAGUGACUGCUAUGACAACAUCUGUUAUUGCAAAACAAGCUCUGUCCUCUGAGACAAGAAUCGCCAGAGCUGCAGCGACAGUCAUGAGGAGCCCUGCUAUGAAGGGUGCUAUGGCAGCUAUACCAAUAGUGGGAAUUGGAUUUGGCAUAUACAAUUUUGAACAAGAUCUGGACAGAGGUGACACACAGGGAUUCAUUGACGCUGUCCUUGAUGGUGAAAUGAUUAUUUUGGAUGUUGUUGAAAUUGCUCAGCCUGAACUGGCACCAUUUAUAGCACCUUUAAGCCUGGCUCUAUCAGCGAUUCGGAUGGUCAUUGAUGAUGUUUAUAUGGGCGUCCAGAAUGAACUAAACAGCCUCCCAAAGAACGCUGGAAUUCUGGAUAAAGUGGCGGCUGUGUUUGUCGGCCUUGGGAAGGGUUUUCUUCAUCUUGUCGAUGAUGUAGCAAAUUUUUUUUAUGAUGGGCAAGAUGAGAAGAUCGAAGAGGGACGAAGACUUGUUGCUCAGAUAUCAGACUAUCAAAAAUAUUACACAGUUACAAAAAAAGGGACUGGGACCAGUGUCAUUGAUUUUAGUGCUGGUAGCUCCUCUUGGAAUGGAGGCGGUAUUCACUUCUACCUCGCUGAUCAGGGUCAGUCUGACUUCUGCAUGGACCAGUUUGUUUCUAGUGAUGAGAGUUUGGGGCAGAGAUGUUGGAAAAUUGAUACACAAGGAAGCAAUGAUAUCAUUCUUGGCCUGGGAGAGUCACAUAACCUAGAGUACAAGACUCUGGAGAAGAAAAUACUCAUGUUCAUACCAGCCGGCUCUGUAAAAGUAGUUUCAGGUUAUGAAGCCAUAUCAAAGUCCAGAUACGGGAUAUACAAGGGAAACAAGGAUCCAAAUCGUUUCUUUGCCGUUCAGAAAGCAGACAAUGAAAAUAUGAGUGAAUUUAUGUUGACCUACUAUUACGAGCUUUACGGUGAACCAGGCGAUGACGUGUUCUUUCUCGGUCCACAGAGAAGUUAUGUUGAAGGUUCUGGUGGAAAAGACACAUACGUCAUUCCUGACAAUGGAGGGAACACAAAAAUUAACAACUGCGAUCCUGCAAAAGCUCUGGACACUCUGCAUUUCAGUGUUAAUUACAGCCUCAUCUCUGUGUCUAAAUCUGGAGAUGAUGUUGUGUUAAUGUAUGAGGGCACCCACACUGUGAACAUACAGAAGUGGUUUUUAGGGGACCUGUGUCGUCACAUGAACAUGAUGUCAGGAGACGGAGUCCUGUUUGAGAUUUCCUCCACUGUGAUUUCUUCUGUGCAGCUGGUGGCCACAGGAAUAAACAAGAUGUCUAACAGCCGUGGAGAAACAGUGAACGCAUCGCAGCCACUUUUUCGUACAGUUACAAACAUCUUUGGCUCUCAGUAUGAUGAUGUGCUCAUUGGAAAUGAAAGAAAGAAUCUGAUAGAUGGAGGAGGAGGUGGAGAUCGUUUGAUUGGUGGUGGAGGAGAAGACAUAUACAUGGUGAAGAACAGAAAACAGUCUUCAGUGAUGAUUGAGAAUUACUCCACAGACAAUAAAACAGACCUGGCCAUAAUAGAAGCAGAUCUUCACACCUUUAAAGUCCGUGUGGAAGGUAACAGUGUUGUUCUGAAUGCUGCCAGUGACAGCACAGCCAUACAGGUGACUUUAGUGAACUGGUUCAGAUCACCAGAGGACAGGCACCUGCUUGUCCUCACAAAGGAUCUGAUCACUUUCACAAUCUCAGAUAAGAAGACCAACUGCCUGCAGAGUGACCCGUUCGCCAAGUGCAUAAAAAGUCAAAGCAUUGACUACAGCAGUUCCCCAUCUCCUCUGGUGGUGGACCUUCAGGAGCACGAGGACCUUCAGAGUGUGACGGAGGUCCGUGGGUCAAAGUUUAACGAUGUCAUCCGAGGGAACAAAGAACACAAUGUUUUCAUCCCAGGAAGAGGAGACGAUUUCAUUGAGGGCAGAGGAGGAGAGGACUGGUACGUCAUCACACCAGGCCAAGGAGUGAAAACCAUCAACAAUCAAUCACCAGAUUUAGUCUUGGACGUUCUCUUCCUGAAAGAAAAAUAUCAGAAUAUAAGAUGCACUUGUGAAGGACAAAGUAUCAUCAUUCUGGUAAAUGGCAGAAAAAACGCUGUCUUACAAAACUGGUUUGAUUCAAAGACUCAUCAGCACCUGCAGAUCAAGACCAGUGAUGGAAUAACAGCUGGACUGAUGUCCAACCUCAGCAGCUGUAUUAAGUCUCUAAUGUUACCCUUAACUGUUGAUUACAGAAACCAGAAACCUGAACCACUUUGUUCACUCCAAACACACCUCCAGAACUGGGCAGCUUGUGUAGAAACACAGCCUGGGUGUUUCAGAUACAGAAGCAAGGAUUCAGAGAAGGUCCUCUGUGACCUCCAAGGCAAAGUGAUGACAACAAAUGAAGCUGAUUCAGUGAGAGAAAUGUACGGCUCCCCGGGCUUCGACAUCAUGGUUGGGAACGGCAACGACAAUUUGCUUGAUCCUUAUACUGGGGGAGCGCUGAUGUUUGGAGGAGAAGGAAAAGACACCUACCUAAUCAAACAUGGAUAUGGAAACAACUCGAUGAUUGAUAACUUUGCAGACGAUCAGAAAGUUGACACUGUGCUGGUUGACAUGGAUUUCAUCGAUGGCAGCCAAGUCGCACUGGACUCAUCACCAACAGGAGACAUGAAUGUGAAGAUCACAACAAAAGGGGAACAGCUAAAAUUCACUCUGCUCAACUACAGUAACAGUUACCAGCACCAGCACCUGGAGUUUCAGAGCUCUGACGGAGUGAGUUUUAAAUUGAAAUCACUAAACUCCACUGGAAGUGUCCCUGUCUUUGAGACUGAAGCUUUCAAAGUGACUCUGAAACAAUCGCAGGUUGACUGCCACCUGGACCUCAGCUCUCACAGGAAUCUGUCAAAGGUCCGUGCUGUGCAAGGCUGCCCCUACCUGUCCAAUAACAUACUAGGUAAUGAUCAAGACAGUGCUCUGAUUGGUGGAUGGAAGGAUGACGCUUUGGAAGGAGGCCAAGGAGAUGACACAUUGAUAGGAGGAAAUGGAGCUGACAUCCUGAUUGGUAACCUGGGGGACGACACUUUUUAUGGCGAGGACGGAAACGACACAAUGAUGGGAAACUCCGGCAAUGACGUCUUCAUUCCUGGACCAGGGGCAGAUCUAGUGGAUGGAGGUCCUGGCAGAGACACUGUUCUGUACCGGGGUGAUCAUGAGAAGGGUAAAGGGGUUUAUGUCAACCUGCUGACAGGACAAGGCCGUUACGCUGAUGCUGAGGGGGACGUGUUGAAGGAUGUGGAGACGGUGAUCGGCACCAUCUAUUCCGACAUUUUGGUGUCUGGUUACGAAAGUUCCCUUCUCAAAGGCUCAGAUGGGGACGACAUCCUGGUGUCCGCCGGUGGUGAUUACCUGGUCGGGGGUGACGGAAAAGACAUUUACAUGUUGGCUUUCCACCGCGGCUCAGUCACCAUUGACAACUGCGCAAAGGACAACGCCACAGAUGUCUUGUACUUAAGAUCAGGGUCAGCACUGGCAUUUGACUGCCAGGUUUCAUCUGACAGAGUUGUCCUGCACUUCUUUGGGGUUCACCACACUUCUGUUAAAAUUGCCCUGAAAGGCUGGAUCAGAGAUGAUGAUGAAUGUGGUCACCUGGUGUUGGUCUUCAGAGAGGUUAAGGUGUCAGUGGACAGGCUGUUUCAUGAGUGUCAGUUAAGACAGAGGGAAUUGUUUUGGUCGUCAGUCUUCAGCUGGGCUAUCGGCGUCAGUCUUGUCGUCUUCCACUGUGUUAUCAUGUUGCUCACGUGCAGAGGAUUAAUUAGGAGGAGACAACAAAAGACACUGAAACAAACAGAAACUGUUGCUCUUGAAGAGUUAGAUGCUAUGGAGGACAAAUGGACAUUUGCCUUUGAAUUUCUCUAAAACAUAAUCUCUGAACAUGACUGAUCAUUCCACCAGUCACUUGUGCUUUUCAGUCGUUUAUUUAGUGCAGUCAGGAGGAUGGUUCUUAAAACUGAUCACAUUUAGUACAGUUUUAAAUGAGUUAACAUUUAAACUCAUUUAAAACUGUGGAUGUGCCAGUUCUCUGAGUCGUCUUCUAACACCUAAAUGCCCUGUGGAUGCUCUGAGUAUCACAAAUGAAAUCUUAGUCACCUCCACUGUUGCAGCAGAGGCAGAGCUCAGUGCCAAAUUUCUCACAAACUCAGGAGUUUUACUUUCUAUGUGUAAUAAAUCCCACCUGUUAGCUUAGCUCUAAGUGUCAGUGUGUGGCAGUACUUUCUUUCUGGCCUCAUUUUGCAUGUUAGCAUAUUAACCGAAUCUGACAUUUCUGUGUGUCACAUGUUCACGGUGCCUUUGUGGUCUCUAUCCACACGCCUGUAACUCAUCUGUUUGUAUCUUAUAUCCACAUCCUGGCGAAGGCUUCCAGCUGAAACACGCUGGCGUCAGUUGUGUUCUAUUAAAGGCUUUGUGUGAUUUAUACCUCAACACUGAGAGCACCUUGGAUGUUUUCCUCCUGUUUGCAGCCAUCAUGGCCUCUUUUUUCACUCCAGA